UUCACUCAUCACGUAUUGAAUUUGUCGUCUGCUGAAGGCGUUUGUUUCAUGGUGUGUGCACUUUGUUCACUGGUCCACAGAAUGAGUGAAAACGGCAAAAAUCCCAAAGCUUUCAAUGACCGAUAUAACUCAUCUUUUUUUUAAGCAAAAGUUUUCCCGAUGCUACCUAAACUCUACAAUUAAUAGCAGCCACGAGAUCGAGAAUCGAGACGCCCAGGCUUUGUUUACACUAUUGCGCAUGCGUGGGGAAAGAAUGCUAGAAAGUACAAGUGACUUCCGGUAGACUAUUCUGCAAACUGCGGUUCUUCGAUUCGGUGAAACGACUUCUUUCAGCAACAAGACAGAGCGUGAAGAUGGCUGGAAACUUUUGGCAGAGUUCACACUAUCAGCAGUGGAUGCUCGACAAACAAGAUCUCUAUCGAGAACGUCAACAGGACCUGAAGGAAUUAACAGAAGAAGAAUACCAGAAAAUCAUGAUUUUUUUUGCCAAUUUUAUACAAGCAUUGGGUGAGCAGCUGAAGGUACGGCAGCAAGUGAUUGCCACAGCUACAAUAUAUUUCAAACGGUUUUAUGCCAGGAAUUCUUUGAAGUGUAUUGAUCCAUGGCUGAUGGCACCAACCUGUAUAUUUUUAGCAUCCAAAGUAGAAGAAUUUGGUGUUAUAUCAAACAGCAGAUUGAUAACAACUUGUCAGAAUGUAGUUAAAAACAAAUUUGCCUAUGCAUAUCCUCAAGAGUACCCAUACAGGAUACAGAACGUGCUGGAGUGUGAAUUUUAUUUGCUGGAAAUGAUGGAUUGCUGUUUAAUUUUAUAUCACGCAUAUAGACCACUUACAAAGUACUGUGCAGAUUUGAAUUCUGAUACUGAACUUCUUCCCUUAGCAUGGAGAAUAGCAAAUGACAGCUUAAGGACAGAUGUGCCAUUGCUCUAUCCACCAUAUCUGAUAGCAUUGGCUUGUCUCCAUAUGGCUUGUGUUAUCAAGCAGAAAGAUAUUAAACAGUGGUGUGCAGAGCUUUCAGUUGAUACAGACAAAAUACUUGAGAUUACCAGGCAGAUUCUAGCACUGUAUGAUAUGUGGAAAACAUAUGAUGAGAAAAAAGAAAUAGCUGCUGUCCUUGCAAAAAUGCCCAAACCAAAGUUGAAUCCUUCAAGACCCCCAUCUGAAGGUUCUAAUGGACAAGAUGGCUCGAACCAGUCUGUUCAAGGUCAAGGGCAGAAUUUACAGCAGUCGAAUAUGCAGAGCAGUGGUCCAUGAUGUGGCCCAGUGUAACUUGCCUAGAAAAGUUAAUGUUGACCUGCUACACUAAGAGAGGUAUUUAUAUCAUCCAUACAGGAUCAUUACAUGUUUGAAGAGAUGCUUACCAACCUCAGCAUGACCUGCAUGCAUAAUUUGGGCUUUUUUUGAUUUAUGGAACAAGAAGCUCUUCAGUGUAAUUUUAUCUUAUUCCAGCUUCAUGAGGAAUGGACAUUGAGCAUAGAACCCUUUCAGGAAAAAAGUGACAGCAUUGCAAGAAAAAAAUUAAGGGCAUUUAUGUGCAUAACAAGUGCACUAAUGGUGGAUGAUAUCUGUGCAGAAGACAUUUCUCAGAACUUUCUGUGUAAGCAUAGCAAGGAAAGAUGGGCUUUGUUGUAACUGCCAUUGGUCCUGGCUAGGCCAGUCUACAGUGAAUGCUCAUAUUCUAUAGCCAGCACAGUGGUGAAAAGUUUUACCUCGGAUUUGAACAUAUAAAAGUGUCGUUAUUUAUUACGCAAUGCUAGAUUUAGAUUGGAAAAGAGGGGGAAAGGUUCAUUUUUGGACAAAUGUUUGUUCUAUAUGCGAGGCUGACUCUUCUUCCAGAAACAUUAACAGGGAUGUUAUAAUUUAAGGAUUCCAGAUUUAUUUUUCUCACCUAGUUGAUCAUACCCUUCGUCCACAAAGUGCUGUGAUCCCAUGGGCCUGAUAAAUGUUUCUGACUGAUGCACUCAAAAGAGAAGAAUAACUGUUGUAGAUAGAGGUGGGGAAAGAGACACAGUGCAGAAAAGAAGGAAAAAAUAUGCGAAGAGUCAGGGUUUAAUGAAUUCAUUUCCUGAAUAUGAAAACAGCAAACCUUUAUGAGGUGGACAGCUGCAAGGAGCAGAAUUGUCUUGGAAGAUUUUAUGUCACUGUGAUGUUUUCACCUUUCACUCCAAUACAUAGAAAUGAUUGACAGUAUUUUUGUAUUACCUACCUCAUGUUAAACUGCACAUCCAUCAUCUGGUGUCAUUUUACACCUGCCAGUUGUUCGUAUAGGAAGAUACUGAAAGAGUGGUUUUGUGUGAUAUAACAGCUAACUCUAUAAAGUGACAAAACUUGCAAAAUCUGUGUAUGUUUUGUGGAUUUGAUCAGCUGUGCAUUUCCAUCGUCCGAUUCUCUGAUUACCAAAAGGGAUCUGACAGAAUUGUGAUAAAAUAUUUUUCUUGGCCUAAGUGUGAAGUGUGCUAAUAAAAAGGGUAUUUUUUAUUUUUAUCAGUUUGCUGGUUCUCAUGCUUUGGUUUGGUUCAAGUUUACUGGAAAUAUUUUAGAAAAAUAACUGAAUGAAAAAAAUAUUCUGAAUACCUGGGCAUAAUUUUUGUGAGCAAUCCAUUUAUUUGUUGUGAAGAGUUGAAAUAAUUGUGUUAAAAAAAAACCGGCAUGAUUGUUUACAUAGUUUCAGUGUAUUAGAUGUAUUUUCCUAAAAGGAUGUGAACUUGUAAAAACUUGCUGCUGUAUGCAAAUCCAAGCAUAUGAGAAUGGUAUGAUUUGUAAAGGAUUAAGGUGAGUAUUGUCAGAGAACCUUUGUUAAAUACAUGCAGAAACUGUGCAUGUUCAACUUUGAGUUUCUCCAUUUUAAGUCUAGAAUCUCUUGCUUCAUCUUUAAUGAGAGCUAAUGUAACUUUAUUGAAAUAAGAUGAACAACAAAUUUUAAACUUUGGAUGCUGAUGCUGGACUAGAAAAAUCUCAGUACAUCUACCCCAAAACAGAACAAGGCAAGUUAGGUAAAUGGGACAGCAUACGAAAAUCUGUAAAUACUAGAAAAUUUGAGUCACAGGAAAGAUGUUUAUAAAAAAUAUUUACAGAAGACACCAAAGUCAUCAUCAGCUAGUGUAUUCAUGAUGAUAACCUCAUAGAUGGUGUAGUUAAAAACAUAGGGAGAUAAACUCAGAUGUAUGGCCAAUUGUUGUUCAUGGUGAGUAUGAGGACCAUGGCUGUGCAUGCAUUUUGGUGUGAAACUCCUUUUUCUUUCUCCGCCUAUCCAUGUAAUAAUUUCCAGCAUUGGUUUAAUCCUCAGCUUAACCAAAAGUUCUUUACAUGAGCGGUGGUUGUAGAAAUACAUUAGAUACAUUCCUUAAGUCAAAACUCUUUCAGUCCAUUAUUAAAUUCCAUCUUAUAAUUGAUAUCCUUUCCUUUCAUAGAGGACAGAACUAUUGCAAAGAAGAGGUGCAAAGACCAUUUGCAGAUAGAUUUCAAAAUUACUGCUGUUAACUUUAUGUAUUCUCAUGUAUGUAUUGCCUGAGGUAGAGGUAACAUUUCUUAGACCAUUUUUCUUCAUAUGGGUCAUAAUUUGUUCCCUGCUUUUGCUGAAAGAAUUAUGAGGUAUGCAGAAAAUAUUUUAAUGUGCUGUUGUAGCAGUGUGAAUGAAUUUUAGCAUGAUUUCAGGAUGUUUAGAAUGUAAGUGGAUUUCAGCAAUAUGUAGAAUGUCAGGAUUGGAAUAAAGUUACAGAAAGCA